AUGCCCGUUUAUCAAAAUCAGCACUUGACUAGGGAUGCGAUGGAUUCUUCGCGAAGUAACGACGUUGCAGAAGAUGGCGAGUCCAAUGCAGAGGCCGGUUCUGGCGUUGUAGCGCUGUCGCCAAACUCUUUUCUCGGGACCUCCAGUGGGUUUCCGCUGGCAAAGCUGCUUAAAUCUGCCAUAAGCACCUCCGAUGAUCCCAGUCGAAUAGGUCGAUCAACGUCCAAAGGAAUCAUCAGUUUUGCGCCUCAUCUGACAACUCCCUAUGAGACUGGAGUACAGAGAGGACCUCUGAUGUCUUCCCCGGGGGCAGACAUGCCUACGGAUGAGGUCGGUAGAAAGCUCAUCGAUGCAUACUAUUUCAGAGUGCAUCCAAAACACCCAUUCCUAUCCAGGAAGAAGAUUAUACGUUUACAUAACGCCAGAGCGAACCUGGUCCCAGCGCACAAAGUUCCGCCUUCUUCCACCGAGAACAGGGCAGACCUGUGCGAUUACGCCAUUCUCCAUCUAGUAUAUGCGAUUGGUGGCAGGUACCUGCAACUGACACCUGACAACAAGCAUGCCUCUCCCAGUGAGCAUUAUGCAAGCGCUUUAGCCGAUGCUGAGACCAUCUUCGCUGUUCAGAGCCUUGAAAACUUGGACGCAAUGCUCUUGAUUUCUAUAUACCAACUGAGGUCGCCAACAGGACCUGGAAUAUGGUGGAUAAUCGGAACCACGAUGCGGCACUGUAUCGACUGCGGCUUGCACCGACGGUCCAACAACAUAUCGGCUCUGCUUGAUCAAAGACGCAAGCGUAUCUUUUGGACAACAUAUCUGCUCGAACGUUCCGUGGCGAGAACAAUGGGAAGACCCCACUCGCCAUCCGAUAGAGACAUUGAUGUAGAUCUUCCAGCAAACAUCGAUGACUCAAUAGAGACCGAGAGUGGUGUGGUCGCCGCACUGGCAGAAGCAAAGACAAAACCCACCCAACUGACACCACUAACAGCCGCCAUCCAUAUCUUUCGGCUGCAACAAUUAGAGUCCAAGAUAUCAAACACGGUAUGUCGCGUGGACAAACCCGUCAGCUCUAUCAACCCACGCAAGAUCGCCGCAUUUCGAGCUGCUCUCGAGGAAUGGAAAUGCAACAUCCCCAUCACCAAAGACUACUGUGCAAGAGAAAAGCACCCAUACGUUACGCACGAUUACCACAUGACGCAGUACCAUAAGGCACUGGUCUUGUUAUUUCUACCUUUUCUGCCAUCACUCACACCCACGCAACCAGAAUUUCACCAAGUUGCAUACUCGGCGGGCCAGAUAUGUCAGCUAUAUAAGCAUCUCUACGAUGACCAGACUUACAUCUCAUUUUCUCUGCUAGCCCUCCAUGCUAAUUUUGUGGCUGGCCUUGUUCUAGUUUAUUGUUUCUGCAUGGAUCCAUCAAUUUUCAAUGCCAAGUUUAGCAGCGAUAUCCGUGCAUGUAGCACUCUCUUAUACACUAUAUCGGAACGGUGGCCCGCGGCACGCAAGGUCCGAAAUGCCUUUGAUCGCCUCGUCUCGGUCACGGUCGAGGGCGAAUAUGACAGACAAUCACGGCGACCUCGUCCCAACACUACUGGCGGAUCAGAACGGUUAGAGACAGAGCAGUCUUUGGGCGAUGAAGCUGAUUGGGCUUCGGGUGGCAGAGCCCAUGAGAGUAUCUGGGAUAGCUUCGGAAUGGCCCUGGGUGAUUAUCAAAUAAAUGCUGAGACUUGGAUGCAGGACAGUAUUUUCCAAGCUAUGGAAGCAUUUCCAUCAGAAGAUUAG